UUUUAUGAAAUCCAGCUUAAAACCUCUUCAUGGGCCAGUUCGAGCUUGGCUUGUGGCAAAAUUUGAAUGGCAGUCGGGCCCAAACCCGGCCUGUGAGGAGGCUUUGCGGCUGUAGUCCCGUCUGCUCUCCCCGCCGGUUUCUUCCCUAACAACUCUUCGCCUCUUCUAUUCCCCUUUAUGCUUUAUCCUCUGCUCUCCCCGCCGGUCACCGUCAACCUCUACCACCAUUAGCCUGUGUUGUCGUCUUCCAAAACGAGCUACGCCCAAGUCGUCCAACCAACUGGCGCCUCUCUCUCUCUCGGUAUCUCCCGUUCUGCUGGUUUUCUUCUGCAACAACCCCACCAUCAGAGAGAAGCCGUAGAGAAGAUGUCUUUAGCCAAGUUCCCGAUAUCUCAGCUUUCUCUUUAUGUUAUUUGACAAGUUUCUCUUAGCUUGAGUCACAUUAAUUGCAACCCAAUGUCUUUUCUCCCACUCUUCUAACCAAGUACAGCAGCUUUUGAUGUACAUUACGCCUGAAAGUAGAUAUUACAGGGUUUGAGAUUUUGCUGAAGAAGGGAAGUCGACGAGACUUGGUCGGACCUAAUUGAAUUCAUUUACACCUCCACACUCCAGUACUCCACCCGCAACCUCUUUACGAAGAGGAAAGAUGCCAGGCUUCACCAAAAUGUUGACUCAGCAGCGGCGUCUCCUUCACCUAUCAAACGUCGUUUCGUAUAUCCGCUUUGCUCAUUCGAAGCCCCCAAAACCUCCAUCCCCUCCGACACCGCCCAAACCCCCUCAAAAACCCGUUUCGUUUACCUUUCACGAUGAAACGUGGGAAGAUCCCUACAGCUGGAUGUCAAACCUGAGCGAUAAAGUGGCCAUGCGCCAUAUGGACGUUUACAUGGAGCAGGAAGAGAAGUAUACAGAAGCUGUCAUGUCCGACUCCGAUCGCCUCCAACGUAAACUUCAGUCCGAAAUGGCCAGUCGCAUGACAUCCGACCUCUCCUCUCCGCCCGUCCGGUGGGGUCCCUGGUUGUACUACCGGCGUGUCGAAGAAGGAAAACAGUAUCCGGUUCUCUGUCGGAGGUCAGCAAGCUUAAACGAAGAGUUCAUCUCGUAUACUUCCCCUUCCGCUGGUUUUGAUUUCACCUCUGGGAAGCGAAUUGAACAAAAGUUACUCGACUACAAUCAAGAGGCAGAGAGAUUUGGCGGCUACGCUUAUGAAGAACUCUCUGAAGUGUCUCCGGAUCACCGUUUUCUUGCAUACACAAUGUACGAUAAAGAUACCGACUUCUUUCGGUUAUCGGUGAGGGAUUUAUCUUCUGGCUCGCUAUGUAGCAAGCCUCAAGCCAACCGAGUUUCGAAUUUGGCAUGGGCCAUGGACGGGAAGGCGUUGCUCUAUGCAGUGACCGACGACAAUAAAAGACCUUAUCGGAUCUACUGCAGUAUGCUUGGAUCCCAUGAAGAGGAUGUUUUGCUGCUAGAAGAAUCAGAUGAAGGUGUUUAUGUUAAUAUCAGACACACUAAGGAUUUCCGGUUUGUGACUGUAAAUGCCUUCUCAAAUACUUUUUCUAAGGUAUACCUGAUAAAUGCAGCCGAUCCUUUGUCUGGGAUGACAUUAGUAUGGGAAUGUGAAACACAGACGCACUGCAUAAUUGAACAUCAUAAAGGAUAUCUUUAUCUAUUCACUGAUGCAGCAAGAGAUGGUCAACUUGUUGACUUUCAUUAUCUUCUUCGUUGUCCUGUUGAAUCUUGUGCUUCAAAAAGUUGGAAGCAUGUAUUUAUUGAUGACUCAGAUUUUGUGAUUGAGGAUGUUGAUUUCAGUGAUAAAUACUUGGUACUUAUUUUAAGGGAGGGGCGAAAUUUCAGAAUUUGUUCAGUUGAUCUACCAUUGCCCGUUAAGGAGGGAGCAUUUCAUCUGAAAGAACUUAAUUCACGUUUACUACCUCUUCCAAGAUAUGUUUCUCAAAUCUCACCUGGACCAAAUUAUGAUUACUACUCCUCUACCAUGCGGUUUACAAUAUCCUCACCUGUGAUGCCUGAUGCUGUGGUAGACUAUAACUUAUCAAAUGGCGAGUGGGUUAUUGUUCAACAACAAAAUGUGCUUCAUGAAAGUACACAAACUCUUUAUGGCAUAACUUCUAGUAGCAGCAAGGGGAAUCAAUCAAGUUCCAAAAACUGUAGUUUCAUAAAUGAAUUCAAUUAUGAAAAUAACCGCUUGUGGAAUGAUCUCUCUGAGUUCUAUGCUUGUGAGCAUUAUAAUGUCUCCUCACAUGAUGGGUUGGAAAUUCCUUUAACCGUUGUAUAUUCGCAAAAACACGAACAGGAUGGACAAAGUCCAGGUUUACUUCAUGGGCAUGGAGCUUAUGGUGAAUUAUUAGACAAAAGGUGGCGUAGCGAGUUAAAAAGCCUUCUUGAUCGUGGUUGGGUGGUUGCAUAUGCUGAUGUUAGAGGUGGAGGUGGUGGUGGUAAAAAAUGGUUUCACGAUGGCAGGCGGACAAAAAAAGAUAAUUCCAUCAAAGAUUACAUUUCCUGUGCUAGGUUCCUCAUUGAAAAGGAAAUUGUGCAAGAAAACAAGCUUGCAGGUUGGGGUUAUAGUGCUGGUGGACUUCUGGUUGCUUCAGCUAUUAAUUCUUGUCCAGAGUUAUUUCGUGCUGCAGUUCUGAAAGUUCCAUUUUUAGAUGCCACCAACACUCUUCUCUAUCCAAUUUUACCACUUACACCUAUUGAUUAUGAAGAGUUUGGGUAUCCUGGUGUUAUUGAAGACUUUCAGGCUAUACGAAAGUACUCUCCUUAUGACAAUAUUCAGAAAGGUGUUCUUUAUCCUGCCGUCUUGGUGACAACAUCUUUUAGUACAAGGUUUGGUGUGUGGGAAGCUGCAAAAUGGGUUGCACGGGUCCGUGAACGCACCAUUUAUGACCCUCAAAGUCCGAAAUUGCUUAAUUUAACCACUGAUAUAGUUGAGGAAAACAGGUAUUUGCAGUGCAAGGAAUCAGCACUAGAGGCUGCUUUUCUUAUAAAGAUGAUGGAUAGGUAAAUUUCCUGUAUCCUCCUUUGCCCUGCUAUUGGAUCUCUUGACAACCAAAAUAUCCAACGUCUUUAGCGAGGAAGAUUAAUCUGUAAAAUGCUUCUUUUGGGGGGCUGUAUUUCUAUUGUGAAAUCACAAAAUCAUCAGUCGGGUCAUGCUGGAUGAAAAGCUAAUAGCGAAUACCGUUUGAAUCCUCAAGCAGAUCAGUACUGGUUGGAUGGUACCCAGAUUAGAGAGUAUGUUUUAUGGUUCGUUAGCAAUGAACAAUCUGGCCAUGUCAAGUGUUUCGCUUUGUAAAGUUAACCGAUGGGGUUUUAAACGUUUGGACUUGAAAAGAAACAAACUUACUGUGUAAGCUAUUAGUAUUUGAAUUAUCCUUUUAAUUUAA